ACUAGUGGCUGUUUGGAGAAUACAGUUGCUUACGAAUCCUUCUAUUCUCCGAUCAACGACGAUGAGACGGUCGAAUCCGAUCCCAAGCCACCUCUUAUUCUGCGCUGCCCCUCAUCAGAGUCUGGUCCCUGCGAGAUCACUCGUUGUUUCACCUUGUGUUUUAUUUUUGCAAGAAAGUGACUAUCGAUUGAUAAUCUUAGGGCUGCAAGACUAAGUAGAAAAUUGGUGAUUAUAGAUCAAGAAUUUUGAUAGCUGAAAGCUGGUUCAUGAUUUGGUUACCAAAGAUGGGAAUGGACAAAUGGUGACCUCCUAUACUACUAGAAUUUCCGGUUAAUGGAAGUUGGGUGAAUUUAGCAACUUCUUGUUUCUAGAGUCAUUUUUCAGCUUAUGUAACUUUAAAAGUGGAUUAUCUAAUGGAGAUAGGCUAUGCAUUGUUAGUCCUUUUCCAGUUUGCUUGCUACAAUUGUUUCAAUUUAAAAUUGAGUUAAAGUCUACAUUACGUUGAGCAUUUCAGACUUUCAGUGAUGCCUCUUGAAAGGGUAACUAAAGAUCAUGGUUUGCAGUUCAUUUUGCGGAAAAACACGAAAUCCAACAGGUUUAUGUUAGAAGCACCGCCCGAGUCUAUGAGAUGUAUCACGUUACUAACUCUCAAGAUGAAAAUGAGUAUUUUUGUACUGUUCGUUGUGGUGCUGCUUUGAGAGACGAAGAAGUGCUUCACACAGAUGGAAUUGAAAGUGUGUCUGCACAUCUACAUGGGUCUAAUGGUGUCGUGGCUGAGGCAAAUUCACAACGUGAGAGUAAUUUGAACACGAAUGAAGAUGAAUGGGUUGAAGUUAAAGCUCCUGAUGGCCCGACCCUUGUUCAUAAAAGUGACUCUUCUACAUCCGAAUCUGUUGCAAAUUCAGUGAUGAUUAGGCAGGACUUUUACGAGGCUACGGCAGAAAUAACGAAUGCAAAUCCUUGCACAUCUCUUACAAUCCGUCUGCUUUCACUUCAGAAUAAAAGUCUUGUAUAUGUAGAUGAAAUUUAUGUGUUUGCCAAUCCUGUUGAUUUAGAAGAAGAGGGCCCGCCCGAGAAUUCGGCUCAAAAUUCUCAAAGUUCUUUGAUGUCCAUGCUUGUACCAACCCUUCUGCAGUUAUCUAAAACUACUGGCAGUAGUAAGAACAAUGAUGGCCGUAAUUCUAAUCCAGAGGGAGUCCAUUUAUUACCCAAAAUUGGGCCAGAGCCUCUUAAUUCAACCAAUAGUGUAACUGGACUUCAGCAGCAAGAAGAAAAAGAGUCUGAAAGAUCCGUACGUCAGCCUGAGGUGCAUUUACAAGUUCCUGUUAAAGAUAAAAUGCAUAAUGAAAACGAACCUCUACAUCGUAUUGAAAACAUUUUGGGCCAGCUUGUUUCUCGAAUGGACAGAAUAGAGAAUUGCUUUCUAAGGUUUGAAGAAAAUAUGCUAAAACCCAUUAACAGCAUUGACGGGAGGCUAAAGCAGGUUGAGCAGCAACUUGAACUUUUAACUAAGGAGUCACAUGGUUCAGAAUGGCCAUCUUGUUACAGAAUGUCUGCUCCAAGCUUUUCUGCUAACGGAUCAAGUUCUAACUCCUUCUAUAACAGUGGGAACGAUCAUCCAAGUUGUGGACCAAUUGAGCCAGAUCGAAAGGAAAUACAUUCAGUUUCAUCACCUAUUCCACUUGAUAUACCCAACUCAGUGGAUUCUUCACUGUUGCGUCCAAGUCUUGUGGUAACUGCUCCUGAGUUUUCAAACAUUGAUGAUGGUGAUCAGGAGAGCGAUGUGGCUACUGCUCCUGAAUUUUCAAAUGGUAAUGACGAAGACCAAGAAAAUCAAAUUCGGGAAGUUCCAGUGGAUGUGUGUAAACCAAAGCCAUCCAUUGAUGAUGCAUUGGCAUCUGCUCUCGCUCAGUUCACAUUAUCAUCAUCUUCAAUCAGCACUCCAGAACAUUCAGAAACUGUAGCGGUUAAGCCUCCAGACCUUCCAAAUGAGGAUGGAAACAAUCACAAGAAAUCCUUAUCAAGUAAUCUGUCUACAAGUGAAAUAGACCAUACAAGCUGUUCCCAUGAAAUUGAUGACAUACAAUGCACAAAAAAUUUGGCUUCGGCUUCUCUAUCUUCUGCCAAUGGCUGGAACUUGAGUCCUCGGCACAAUUGCUUUGCCAAAAUUGGUGAUGGAGAUGGUGAACAAGUUCUUGAAGGCCCGGAAUGCAUGUACGAGAAAGUUAGUAGCGAAGUCGAAACUGCUUUGGAUGAACAAAGUGUGCAAGGAAUGGAGGCACUUGGAAAUGUGGAAGUCGUUGAUGAAACAAUUGAAGAUUUUGAUUCAGAGACGAGUAUUCCUAUCCACCCUUUUCCCCAUCAUACUGGCAACGAUUCAGAUAAAACUAAUGUCGAUUCAAAUGCUGAUGCCAAUACCAUCGAAGUUACAAAAGGAAGUCGUGACAUAGACAUAGUCCACGACGUUCUCGGAUUUUCGCGUGACAUGUCCAUUGUGAAUUUUGAGAUUCCAAUCCUGGAUGUAAGCUUCACCUCCAAUGCUGAUUCGUCUUCCCACAACAACCUCAAAGAACUUCUUGGGAACACGACGGAAUUGAGUAAUGGAGCGUCUUGUCCCAAAGAAAGUGAUGAUGUUACUUCCUUUGGCGAGCAAGGUGAGCUCAUUUUGGUUGAGGAAGAGGGGCAGGAGAAUGCUUGCUCAACAAAAAGUGAGCUCAUUUUGGUCGAGGAAGAGGGGCAGGAGAAUGCUUCCUCAACAAAUGGCCCCAUAUCGGUUGAUAUGAACUAUUACACCAUCAUGAGUGAUCCUGUAAUUACUGCUGAUGGCGUAAAUCUGAAGGAUUACUAUAACAAGACAGUCAUCUGGAAUCUUAUAUGAUUAUUUCUGGUAUAUUUCUUGUUCUGGAUUUGGAUGUGAAUUUGUAAAUAAAUCUUUUUUAGCCAAUAAACAAUUUUAGUUUACAUUGGUAUUUGCUUUU